AUGCAGCACUCACAGUUGGCUCCUCUGCCCAACGACGUACCUUUCCGCAUUGUCUCAAAGACAAUUGGUCAAGGUGCCUAUGCCUGUAUCAAGAAAGCUUGUCCCUUAGACACCGAUAACCCCGUUUUCGCCGUCAAAUACAUUCACAAGGAAUAUGCCGCAAAACAUGGCAAGAUCAGCGCCAGACAGCUAGCACUAGAAGUAUCUGUGCACAAGCAUGUCACCGGACAUAAUAAUAUCAUCAGCUUUUUCCAAACAGGCGAAGAUUCCAUCUGGCGGUGGAUUGCCAUGGAAUUGGCCGAGGGAGGAGAUCUCUUCGAUAAAAUCGAGGCUGAUGAGGGUGUCGGAGAAGACAUUGCCCACGUUUACUUCUCACAACUCGUCAGCGCUGUGAGCUUUAUGCAUUCCAAGGGUGUUGGGCAUCGAGAUAUCAAACCAGAGAAUAUGCUUCUGACCUCAGACGGUAAUUUGAAGAUCGCGGAUUUUGGUCUGGCAGCGCUAUUCGAAUACAAGGGGUCUAGAAAAUUAUCUUCCACAUUCUGUGGUAGCCCACCAUAUAUCGCGCCUGAGGUGAUCACUUGCAGUACUCGAGGCCAAACGAAAGGAUCCGGGUACCAUCCAGACUUGGUUGAUAUCUGGUCUUGCGGAAUUGUCCUUUUCGUCUUGUUAGCGGGUAAUACGCCGUGGGAUAGUCCAACUGAUGAUAGCUAUGAGUUUCACGAAUACCGGGCCAAGAAUUCACGUACAACAGAUGAGCUAUGGCAGAAGCUUCCUGCUGCUACUCUCUCUUUGCUGAGAGGCAUGUUGACAGUUGAUCCCAAAAAUCGGUUCUCGCUGGAAGAUGUCCGCAGACACCCGUGGUAUACACGAUCAAAUAAAUUCCUGUCGGCCGAUGGGAAGCUACGAGAUCCUAUCAAUCUUGCGACAUCUAUGUUUGAAUCUUUGCAUAUCGAUUUUAGUCAAGAUCCACUUUCCCAGAAACGGAAAGGCGCUAGUCGAAGCUUUGACGCAAUGGAUAUGGAUGUGGAUAUGGAUGGCGACGGCUCGGGGUUCUCAUCUACACAACCUGAAAUGCUGGGUGGUGGGGUAGUCAUGGACUGGGAUGCGCCAAAUGUGCCUUCUGGUGCCUUCUCCUCUACCCAACCAACCGGGAAACUAUAUAAUACUCAAGAUGCUGCAGCGGCCAACCACUUGGAGGACGAGCCAUCCAUGUCCCAAUUUUCCCAGCAGCCAUCCGUGCCGGUAAGCCGAACGCAAAAUGCCCAGAAGUUCCAGGACAUUAUUCCUUCUCGUUCCAUGACCCGAUUUUACUCGGCUUGGGAGCUCAAGCUUCUUGUCCCUCUCAUUUGCGAAGCUCUUCAUCGGCUUGGGGUUCCCGUCCCAUCUGUGCCUGCUGUCAGUGCUGGAGAUACAUCCGCAAUGAUCCGUGUGGUUACGAAAGAUGGCCGCUUGUGUCAACUUCAGGGCAAAGUACUCAUUGAGUGUGUCUCAGAGGGUAUAUUUGAAGUUGAAUUUGUCAAGGUCAAAGGUGACCCGUUGGAAUGGCGCCGCUUCUUCAAAAAGGUGACUAUUCUUUGCAAGGAUGCGGUUUUCAAACCCGAUGAAUGA